AUGUCUUACUUUGUAAAUCAUCCAGAUGAUAGAGGAGUAAGCCAUAUUCCUGUUACAAUGACACAGGCUCGUGUUGACUUUAUCCCAACAAGAACCAACAAGACACCAAGUGCAACUUUCAGGAUCAAUGCACUGAUAAAUUUUCUGUGGAAGAAGCAACGGGGAACAGAUUUUAAUGUAUCCGCAGAAGAGCAGAAGCUCAUUAGACUCCAGUUCCACAUGUAUACAAGGCAAUGCCGACGUAUCAUGCGUGAAGAUGGCAUUUUAGAGACGAACUGGGGAAAAUUGAGUAGUCAACAAAAGUUGUACUACUCCUUGAGACUCGAGGAGUUAAUUUUGAAUUAUCAGUUCGCUUUACACAAAUGCAGAGGUCAACGGGCUGCUACUCUUCUCCUUCAAGAAAUGAUGAAGGCUGAACACCAAACAGAGAACAGAGAAGUUCAAGAAGAAGAGUUGAGCCUUGGUGGGGCAGAAAGUAGUGUGGCAUUCUCACCACCAAGAAGAAACAUGUGGAGCCGUCGUAUUUAA